AUGGCAUCUGGUGAAUGGCACUGUGAGAAAAGAUUUAAGAAUGAAUCUUCUAGGAAAGAGGAUGAGAAUGUAACUGAAACGGGAUACCUCUCCAUUAUUGUCCUUGGUGCUUCCGGUGAUCUUGCCAAGAAAAAGACUUUCCCGGCGCUCUUUAACCUUUAUGGGAAGGGAUUUUUGCAAUCAGACGAAGUUCACAUCUUUGGCUAUGCAAGGACCAAGAUUUCUGAUGAUGAAUUGAGGGACCGCAUUCGAGGGUAUCUUCCCCAGAGUAAAGAAUAUGCAGAAGAUGUAUCAAAGUUCCUCCAAUUGAUCAAAUAUGUAACUGGCUCUUAUGAUACCUCAGAAGGCUUUCAGGCAUUGGACAAGGCAAUAGCUGAGCAUGAAAUAUCAAAAAACAUCACAGAAGGAUUAUCCAGAAGGCUCUUUUACCUUGCACUUCCCCCAUCAGUAUAUCCACAAGUCUGCAAAAUGAUCAAGAGUUUCUGCAUGAAUAAAUCUAAUCUCGGGGGAUGGACUCGAAUUGUUGUUGAGAAGCCCUUUGGCAAGGAUUUGGCUUCAGCUGAAGAAAUGAGCUCCCAGAUAGGAGAAUUAUUCGAUGAACCACAAAUAUAUCGUAUUGAUCAUUAUUUGGGAAAGGAGCUAGUGCAGAACCUGUUGGUACUUCGUUUUGCAAAUCGUCUCUUCUUGCCUCUCUGGAAUCGUGACAAUAUUGAUAAUGUACAGAUUGUGUUCAGGGAAGAUUUUGGAACUGAAGGCCGUGGUGGAUAUUUUGAUCAAUAUGGAAUUAUCCGUGACAUUAUUCAGAAUCACCUAUUGCAGGUUUUUUGCCUUGUAGCCAUGGAGAAGCCUGUUUCUCUCAAGUAUGAGCACAUCCGUGAUGAGAAAGUGAAGGUUCUCCAAUCGGUGAUUCCAAUUAAAGAUGAAGAGGUGGUUAUUGGACAAUAUGAAGGCUAUAAGGAUGACCCAACAGUUCCUGACAAUUCGAACACUCCUACUUUCGCAACAAUGAUUCUGCGUAUACACAAUGAAAGAUGGGAAGGUGUACCCUUCGUACUCAAGGCAGGGAAAGCUCUAAACUCGAGAAAGGCAGAAAUACGUGUUCAGUUUAAGGAUGUUCCUGGCGACAUAUUUAAAGGUCAAAAAGAAGGAAGAAAUGAAUUUGUAAUACGUCUUCAACCUUCAGAGGCCAUGUACAUGAAGCUUAUGGUCAAGCAGCCCGGCCUGGAGAUGUCAACUGCUCAAAGUGAACUAGACUUGUCUUACACACAACGUUACCAAGGGGUUGUCAUUCCAGAGGCUUAUGAACGUCUAAUUCUUGACACAAUAAAAGGAGAUCAGCAACAUUUUGUACGUAGAGACGAGUUGAAGGCUGCAUGGGAGAUUUUUACACCCCUUCUACACCGAAUAGACGAUGGAGAGUUUAAGCUAAUUACAUACAAGAUGGGAAGUAGAGGGCCUGUAGAAGCAGACGAAUUGUUAGAAAGGGCAGGUUAUGUUCAAACACAUGACUAUAUAUGGAUGCCUCCAUCCUUAUGA